AGUUCCGCCUCCGCCCCGUCUUCAACUCUAACCUCCCAGGCUUCGCCAAUCAAGUCUGGGGGAGUAGAUCGUGAAUAAUCACUUAAACGCGUGAAUAAAUCGGUUGUUUGCGCAAUUUAUUUUUACGACGAAUCUACAAGGACGCAUUAGGGUGUUCGCCGUAGGUCAACAAUCAGGUUUGAGGAGCGUGAGUGCCGGUCAAAGUUUGGUUGAGCUGGUGCUGACUGCUUCAGAGCGGUUGACACCCCAACGUUUCUCCACUCAUGGCAGCGCGAAACGUCUCUCGCUUUUGGGAAUGGGGGAGGAAGAUUAUUUGCGUUGGGAGAAACUAUGCAGAUCACGCCAAAGAGCUGAAAAACGCGGUUCCUACAGAGCCCGUCCUGUUCCUGAAGCCCCCCUCUGCAUAUGUCACAGAGGGCUCCCCGAUCCUGGUGCCCCUGUACACCAGCAACCUGCACCAUGAAGUGGAGCUAGGGGUGGUGAUCGGGAAAGGGGGCACGGCCAUCCCCCAGGCCUCCGCUAUGGAGCAUGUUGCAGGCUACGCUCUGUGCUUGGACAUGACAGCCCGGGACAUCCAGGACGAGUGCAAGUCCAAGGGCCUGCCCUGGACCCUGGCGAAAGCUUUCAACACCUCCUGCCCCGUCAGUGAGUUCAUCCCCAAGGAGCGCAUCCCCGACCCGGGUAACGUCAAGCUGUGGCUGAAGGUGAACGACCGGCUGCGGCAGAGCGGCUGCACCUCCCAAAUGAUUUUCUCCAUCCCCUACCUCAUCAGCUACAUCAGCGACUUCAUCACCCUGGAAGAGGGGGAUCUCAUCCUGACCGGGACCCCGAAAGGAGUCUCCGCCGUGCAGGAGCAUGAUGAGCUGCAGGCCGGGAUCGAGGGCGUAGUUACAAUGAGCUUCAGAGUGGACAGACGAGACCAGUAGUGAGCACUAAAGAAACACUCAGGCCCAUGAGAAGAGAGGGAUUUCUACUGGGAGCUUGAAUCUUAAUUCUUUUAAAUAAUUUUCCAGUCUCUGUGUGGAUCAGCAGGUGGCAGUGCGGUGCCAUCAGGACCACAUUUCUGAAGGCUCUCACGCCGCCUAGUCCAGCGUUUGCGUUGACAGACCAGAGUUGGGUCACGUUGAUCGAUCUCGAUGACCUAUUUUACUGUAUCUUUGACUGGAGCCAGGGUUAUGAAAAUCAUGCAUCACAAGCUGUCUUCGUUUUAGAUCGCCAGUGGAAGGAAUUUUUAGAACUUUUACUCAAAUAAAAGAUGCAAUAAUAUGUUGUAAAAAGAAAAAAAUUCGUACACGUAGAGGUACUGCAUUCAAACUUAAGUAAAAGUUUGACCAUACUAUCUGCAAAGAGGUUAAAGUUAUUAUUGGAGAAAGAAUGGCCCCUGACAGUGUGAUAUUGUCGUAUCACUGUCAUUUUAACCACCUCAUAUGCUGUGUAUGCUAAGUUAAAUACAAUGGCGGAAGAAGUAAUGAGAUCUUUUACUUAGGUGAAAGUACAACUACAACAGUAUAGAAAUACUCUGUUACAAGUUCGAAAGUCCUGCAUCAAAUUAACUUCAGUAAAAGUACGAAAUUACUGCCUUAAAAUUGCAUUUAAGUACAGUACUUGAGUAAAUGUAAUUCGUUACAUUCCGCCACUGCACAUCAUGUUUUUGCAAAAAGCAACGGAUUUAUACUUGAAUAUGGAGCUGACUUUAGUUGAGUAAAAUUAACAUUAAAAGCUUUUGAGAAACA